AUCCUGCACCAGACUUUCAGAAAUCAUGGCAAAGGGUUACACACCUGUCCCGGGUUCCUUUCAGAGUUCAUCUGUUACAGUACAGUUGAUUCCUGAUUCCAUCAUCUCUCGUGGAGUGCAAGUACUUCCACGAGACACUGCAUCACUCAGUACCACUCCUUCUGAAUCACCAAGGGCGCAGGCUACAUCAAGACUUUCCACUGCAUCCUGCCCAACACCAAAACUUCACCGCAAACUGGAGAAUCUCAGAGAUCACCUUCAAGGCAAUGACAAAGGAUACUCUCUCCGAGUAAAUGCUCGGCUUCCUUCCUGCUCAUCCACCUAUAGUGUUUCUGAG